AUGAAUGGUUUCCUUACCAAGGUUACAGAGUAUAAGAUCACUGUUGCUUCCUAUCAGCGUUUUGACGAGGACCCGUCAGACAGUCAGAUUGAUGAAUAUCUGCGCAUUAUCAAGAAAUCAGCGAGAAUUGUGUUUAUGUGUGCAAAGGAAAACAAUUUCCGUAACAUAAUGAUACGAGCUCAUCACAACGGCAUGACCGGCGGAGAUUACGUCUUUAUCGAUUCCAACUUCAUAACGAAUGACAACUUAUACCGAUACAGGGUGUGGUACAAGAACGAUUCCAAUGACGUCAUAUCACGAGAAGCAUUUCGUCAUGUUAUUCAUAUAACACCAGUUAGAUGGUAUGACGAGUCCAGCAAGGAACGCCAUUUAGAGCUAUAUAGAGCAAUACCACAAAAGAUGACAGAGAUGCCCUGGAACGACUCCAUAGCACUUGAUGAAGGCAUAUCACCGUCGACAGCUUCCCCUACUCUGCACGAUUCCAUGUACCUUGCCGUUCUAUGGUGGGAGCAUUGUUAUAACAACGGUCUGGACCAUCGGAACGGAACAGGGCUGUUUGAGUUCACACAAAACCUCAAGUAUAAUGGUACGAGUGGUAGGAUUCGCUUUGACGGUAAUGGUGAUAAACAGCCCAUGUUCUGGGUAGAGGACCUGAAGAAUACGAGCGAUGAUUCCAGGAUAUUUGCCAUCGUAGAAACGUAUCUGGAGAAGUCAGAGAUGGUGACGAUCUGGUAUGACCCGUUAUGGGCGACAUCUGACGGGAAUGCGCCUCUGAGUACUCCACUGUGUGGCUUUGUUUAUGAAUUCUGUCCACCAAUUAUUGAAGACAAUACGGUAACAACCACCGUCUCUCUCUGUGGAAUCCUCGUAUUUCUCAUCGCUGUUAUCAUCACGGGAUUGUAUAUCAGAAAGAGGAAUUAUGACACGCAGGUUCUAAAGAUGGCCUGGAAAAUCAAUUUCAAUGACAUCAACAUGAAAAGGAAAAAAUGUGGAAUUGGGAGUCAGCUGAGUGCAUUAUCCCUUACUGACCGUGAUCGCAGUAGUAUUGCUACUAGCAAUCAGCAUUUUACACAAACAGCGGUGUAUAACGGUCAGACGGUGGCUCUGAAGAUCAGCCCCCUAUCGGCAGUCCAGCUUACUAUGACAAACCUGGUGGAACUAAAAGCGAUGAGAGACUUCAUUCAUCCCAAUGUGAACCUAUUUAUCGGAGCCUGUAUCGAUCACCCCAAUAUCUGCUUCUUGUUUUUGUAUGGCUCCAAGGGAAGUCUCCAGGAUGUAUUGGAAAAUGAUGACAUUAAAUUAGAGUGGGCAUUCAAAGUCGCAAUUCUGAAGGACAUAGCCAUGGGAAUGCACUAUCUCCACAUAUCAGUCUUGAAGUCACAUGGGAGACUGAAGAGUUCUAACUGCAUCAUUGACAACAGAUGGACGGUGAAAAUAACAGACUAUGGCGUAUCUACAUUCUACAAAAAUAAGAAAUUGACAAACACCAAGCGAAAGGAGAAUUUCAAGGAUUUGUUAUGGACUUCUCCUGAAAUCUUGAAGUCGGACGACAUUCGCUCCAGGAAUGGGACGCGGACUGGUGAUGUCUAUAGCUACGGUAUUAUACUACACGAGAUUUUCUACCGCUGUGGACCAUUUCCAGUCGCAGGAAAGACACCGAAAGAUAUCAUUUUGGGGAUAUACAACGGUCAGUCCUAUAAACCGGACAUCAAUAAAUCCGAUGUCAUCAAACCCGAGAUGGUGAAGCUGAUGAAGAUGUGCUGGGACGAUGAUUGGCGGCAGAGACCGGAUUUUACCAAUAUUCUCAAAUUUAUCCGGAAAAACAACACAGAGGCGAGCGUGAAUAUAAUAGACAACAUGAUCAACAUGCUGGAGAAGUAUGCCAAUAAUCUUGAGGACCUCGUGGAAGAGAGAACGGUCGCACUGAACGAAGAAAAAGACAAGACAGAUAUUCUACUGUAUCGGAUGUUGCCCAAGCUUGUGGCCGACAAAUUAAAAAGAGGAGAGUCGGUUGACCCAGAAACAUACGAAGCAGUUACAAUUUUCUUCUCGGACAUCGUAGGAUUUACCACCAUCGCAUCUAAAAUCACACCGAUAGAUGUCGUACAAUUUCUCAACGAGAUUUACACAUUAUUUGACGAUAUCAUCUCCACUUUUGACGUCUAUAAGGUGGAGACAAUUGGUGACGCAUAUAUGGUAGUCAGCGGUCUGCCGAAUAAAAACGGAAACGCCCACAGUGGACAGAUAAGUAGCAUGUCUCUGGCCAUACUGAAACGGCUCCAACAAUUCAAGUUAAAGGCAAUACCAGAGCAGGAAGUUAGGGUUCGCAUAGGACUACACACUGGCCCAGUAUGCGCAGGUGUUGUAGGACAGACGAUGCCAAGGUACUGUUUGUUCGGCGACACUGUGAACACAGCCUCCCGGAUGGAGUCUAAUGGAGAAGGUGGAAAAAUACAUAUAACACAGAUGACCAGGAGUGCAUUGCUAAGUCUUGGAGGGUACGAGAUAGUAGAUCGAGGAAAUAUUACAAUUAAGGGGAAGGGGGACAUGUAUACCUAUUGGUUGGUCAGCAAAACAGAUACAUCCCUUCAACCAUCCUCAUCGUCUUUUCCCAGCCAGCUGAGGCCAGUACAAAAUGGAGUAGACGAAACAAAUGGACUCUCAACCGAAGAAAGGAAAGAUUUCUGAUUCCGCAAAUGUCUUUUAAUGUGUAAUUGAUCGAAAUCUUGUAUUAAAGAAAAAUUUAGUCUGAAAAUUCAAUGAGGGUAUGGACUUUUGGAAUAGGGAUACGUAGUCUUUAUAUAGUCUUAAGUUCCGUGCAUAUGUUGUUAUUUGAUUAAAUAGGUUUCCCAGCAUUUUUGUGCAUCAUAUAUUUGGUAAUGAUUAUUGUUGCAUUGAUUGAUGACAUUUAAGAAAUACAUUUCAUUUUGAAAGUUCUUGACGAUUCAUGCCAGCAUUCUUCAUGAAGUGGGUUAGCGUUUCAUGACAAGUAUGUUGGCGUUAAUGAGUUCUUAUUGGAUUUUGUCAGAUUGAGCAAAGACUAACGAUUAGUUGUAGAAUAAACA